UUUGGGCUCCUCAUUAUAAAAGGGGAAUCUUCCAAAUCAAAGCGGUGCUCUGGAUCCAACAGGAAAUCCCAUUUGCAAGAAAAAGAGAAAAUCUUAUAUAUAUAAAAAAUGAAAUGCCUUCGAGCUUUUAAUUCCCACUGUAUUUUACGCUCUAGUUUCUGCUCAGAGUAAGAGCACGACAGAUCUGGAUCGCGACGGCAGAGAUCUACUUUCUUUGAUUUCAUUUCAGGCGGUCCUUUUCUACUUGCCCAAAUAAUUCAAGCUAUCUCUUUCUGUUUCUUUCAUCUCAAGUUUUAUCUUUCAGGUUUGAGAGGCUCAUUGCUACGAUCAUGUCAAGGAGGCCAGUAAAUGUUUCCCGGCGCUUAGCUGAUGGUGGGAGCAUUCCAUUUGUGGGCUCAAUUCAGUCUAAAUCUAACAGCUCCCCUUUACUGUCCAUUGGUCUCGUUGUUGUGGGUGCGAUCCUCAUCGUUGGUUACGUUUAUAGCAAUUCAGGUGGAGCAAGUGUUGAUAUUAAGGGUUUAAGUAGACUUGAAGGUGGUGCUUCAUGCACAUCAGAGGUUCUACAAGCAUUGCCUGUAUUGAAGAAAGCAUAUGGAGACAGCUCGCGUAAGGUUUUGCAUGUUGGCCCUGACACUUGUUAUGUGGUAUCUGGUUUACUGAAAGAAGAGGAAACCGAGGCCUGGGGAGUUGAGCCGUAUGAGUUAGAUGAUGUUAGUGCAAACUGCAAGAAUCUUGUACGCAAGGGCAUUGUGCGUACAGCUGACAUAAAGUUUCCUUUACCAUAUCGUGCAAAAUCAUUUUCUCUUGUCAUUGUCUCAGAUGCACUGGAUUACUUAUCUCCAAAAUAUCUGAAUAAAACUUUGCCAGAGUUGGCAAGAGUUGCUGCUGAUGGUGUUGUCAUCUUUUCUGGUUAUCCAGGUCAGCAAAGAGCUAAAGACGGAGAAGUGGCAAAAUUUGGCCGUCCAGCCAAAUUACGAAGCUCGUCUUGGUGGAUAAGGUUUUUCGUUCAGAGUAGUUUAGAAGAGAAUGAGGCUGCAGGAAAGAAGUUUGAGCAAGCUGCAGCUAAGAAAUCAUACAAGCCAUCUUGCCAAGUAUUUCAUCUCAAAGCAUACCCCUGAGAAUUUUAGUGUUACAUUUUUCACUCAAUUAAGGGCCCGAAGGGUAAGUUCAAUACAUUAUAUGGAAGUUAUAGAUUUUACAUUCCAAAUUUGGAUUAUAUUGAGACAAUAGAUGUAUUUCAUUGUGAUGUGGGUUUCAAGUUCAUUGGUUAAUGGUUAAUACCUUUGUAUCAUUAUUGAUUUGGAUAGUGUUUAGAAGAAGUAAUUAUGAAACCCUAUUGAUUAUAUGUAGCUAUAUGUUUUGAUGUUAAUGUUUAAAAAUGUCAAGCUUUAUGCACAACCA